AUGCUGAAAGUGGACCAGAUCAUGAGCCCAAUGAAGAUGAGCCUGGUGGACGUCAGUAAGAUCUUCUCGAUGCUUCAGCCCCGAAAUCAAGAUGACAAUGUGGAAGUCAAUCAGAUCAAUCAAGCCAUCUCCAAAGAUGAUGCCGCGCUUUUGUCUGAGCUGUUGUCCCAGGAGAGGUACGUCCAGUUCAUCAACAAUCGGAGUGGCUGGGGGGUGCCGGGCACUCCCUUGCGUUUGGCAGCCUCCAAAGGCCACCUGAGCUGCCUGGAGGUCCUCCUGAGGUAUGGCGCCGAGGUGGACAGUUUAGACGUGAAAGCCCAGACCCCUCUGUUCACAGCUGUGAGCGGUAGGCACUUGCAGUGCGUCCAGGCUCUUCUCAGGGCAGGGGCCAACCCAAAUGGGAGCGUCUACAACAACUGCUCGCCUGUCCUAACUGCUGCCAGAGAGGGAGAUGUGGACAUUUUGCAAGCGCUGCUGGAGCAUGGGGCUGAAGUCAACGUGCGCUCCAAGGUGCCAGAGUGGGCAUCGAAUGCAUGUGCCUGCAGCGGCCCACUCUACCUGGCUUCAGUCUACAGGCACUACGACUGCUUCCGGCUGCUCCUCCUAUACGGGGCUGACCCCGAUUUCAACUGCACGGAGCAAAGACUCCUAGCAAAGAUCAAACAACCAAAGACGGUAAUGGAAAUGUGCCUCAGGUACGGCUGUGGGCCUCAGUACAUCCAGCUGCUUAUAGACUUUGGAGCAAACCUUUACCUGCCAGGCCACAGCCCUGUGAAAAAUACACAGCAGAACAAAGCUGCUGAGCUCCUAGCUGGAGCCACAGCUCAGCCAAGAUCGUUGAUGUCACUCACCAGAAUGGCCAUCCGCAAAUCGCUCAAACUCCUAAGUGGGCUACAUUCCAUUGACGAACUGGACAUACCGCUAAUCCUGAGGAAGUAUUUGAAGCACCAGACUUGA